CGUCCGUUCGUUCAUUUAUUCACCCUUGGAGCGUUGUUGAGAUUCUCGGUGGUUUGUGCCCGGCACUGACCCGGGGUGUGUGGUGUUGGGAACGAGGACGUGGCUUCUGCACUCAAACUGCUUACAGGCUGUUGGAUUAAGUCGCUUUGUGUACCCGUGAUUACAAAUUGAGAUAAAUGCUAUGAGAAGAGGUGCAGGGCUGCCCGAUGGGAGAAUGCGUCAAGCAAGACAUUCUCGAGGAAGACUCCUACUCCAGAGAGGAUACCUCAUCCAGGGCCGUGAUGCCACUUCCCCAUCACCUGUGUGCUGCUUGGUUAAGCUAAUGCUGCGGAUGCCUUGUCUCUUGUGGAGGAAUCAAGCUGACUCGUGGCAUGAGGACCGUGCCUCGCGGGGGCUGAGAGUGACACUGCCAUGGCUUCUCUGGAUGACCCAGGGGAAGUGAGAGAGGGCUUCCUCUGCCCUCUGUGCCUGAAGGACCUGCAGUCUUUCUAUCAGCUGCAGUCACAUUAUGAGGAGGAGCACUCCGGGGAAGACCGUGAUGUCAAAGGGCAAAUUAAAAGUCUUGUCCAGAAGGCUAGGAAAGCAAAGAACAGGCUGUUGAAACGAGAAGGAGAUGACCGAGCUGAAUCAGGGACCCAAGGAUAUGAGUCUUUCAGCUAUGGAGGGGUUGAUCCCUACAUGUGGGAACCCCAGGAGCUUGGUGCUGUGAGAAGCCAUCUUUCCGACUUCAAAAAACACCGAGCUGCCAGAAUUGACCACUAUGUCGUUGAAGUCAAUAAAUUAAUAAUCAGGUUAGAGAAGCUCACUGCAUUUGACAGAACAAAUACUGAGUCUGCGAAGAUCCGAGCAAUAGAAAAGUCCGUGGUGCCUUGGGUCAACGACCAGGAUGUCCCCUUCUGUCCAGACUGUGGGAAUAAGUUCAGCAUCCGCAACCGACGCCACCACUGCCGCCUCUGUGGGUCUAUUAUGUGCAAGAAGUGUAUGGAGCUCAUCAGCCUUCCCUUGGCAAACAAGCUCACCAGUGCCAGCAAGGACUCCCUGAGCCCUCAUACCAGCCCCAGCCAGUCACCCAACAGUGUCCACGGCUCCCGCCGGGCUAGUAUCAGCAGCGUGAGCAGUGUGAGCUCUGUCCUGGACGAGAAGGAUGACGACCGGAUCCGCUGCUGUACACACUGCAAGGACACGCUACUCAAGAGAGAGCAGCAGAUCGAUGAGAAGGAGCACACCCCUGACAUCGUGAAGCUCUACGAGAAAUUACGACUUUGCAUGGAGAAAGUUGACCAAAAAGCUCCUGAAUACAUCAGGAUGGCAGCGUCAUUAAAUGCUGGAGAGACAACCUACAGUCUGGAACAUGCCAGUGACCUUCGAGUGGAAGUGCAGAAAGUAUAUGAGCUAAUAGAUGCUUUAAGUAAGAAGAUCUUAACCUUAGACCUGAAGCAGGACCCUCCACCACAUCCAAACACUUUACGGCUGCAGAGGAUGAUCAGAUACUCAGCUACGCUUUUUGUGCAGGAAAAGUUGCUUGGUUUGAUGUCACUGCCAACUAAAGAACAGUUUGAGGAACUGAAAGAGAAAAGGAAGCAGGAAGUGGAGAGGAAGAAGAUCCUGGAGAGACGGGCUACCCUGGAAUCCCAGCAAAGGCUUGAGGAAAGGCGCAGUGACCUGGUGUCUCAUGCGACCAACGGGGAGGUGGUGUCCCUUUGCGGGGGCCCUGCCCCGUUGAGAAAGGCUGAGGGCUGGCUCCCGCUCUCGGGAGGUCAGGGGCAGAUCGAAGACUCGGACCCACUCCUCCAGCAGAUCCACAACAUCACAUCCUUUAUCAGGCAGGCUAAGGCCGCGGGCCGGAUGGAUGAAGUGCGUACGCUGCAGGAGAACCUGCGCCAACUGCAGGACGAGUAUGACCAGCAGCAGACAGAGAAGGCCAUUGAGCUGUCCCGGAGGCAGGCCGAGGAGGAGGACCUGCAGCGGGAACAGCUGCAGAUGCUGAGGGAACGCGAGCGGGAACGAGAACGGGAGCAGUUCCAGGCGGCACCUCUGCACACGCGGACUCGGUCCCUGGACUUCCGAGAAAUCAGGCCUUUUCAGCUGGAGCCAGGCAGAGAGCCUCGCAACCACCUUGCUCAUGCCUUGGAUCUGGGCUGUUUCCCGGCUCAGAGCAGUGCGGCACCCAAGACCCCUUCACCCAGCUCAGCUCUCGAGCCCAUCAGAGUGUGGUCUGGGCCCCCAGCCCUUGGCCAGGAAUUCUUCCCCCAGAGCACCACGUCGCAGCACAAUGAGGUGCCCUCCCUAAAUCCCUUUGACGAGGAAGACCUCUCCAGCCCUGUAGCAGAGGGCACGGCCAGCCCUCCUGCUGCAGAGCCUUCCCUCGGCCCUCCAGCCUGUGUCCUCAAGGAGUACAAUCCUUUUGAGGAAGAGGAGGCAGAGGAGGCGGUGGCAGGGAACCCCUUCACUAGCCCAGACAGCCCAGCCCCCAACCCCUUUGACGAGGAAGACGGUCCUCCCCAUCAGAGACCCUCAGGCCCUCCUGUUCCUAGCAACCCCUUCGAGGAGGCCCCCUGUACUAACCCCUUCGAGGUGGACAGUGAGAGCGGGCAGGAGGGCGAGGAGCCCAUAGAGGAGGAGCUCCUUCUCCAGCAGAUUGACAACAUCAAGGCAUACAUCUUCGAUGCCAAGCAGUGCGGCCGCCUGGACGAGGUGGAGGUGCUGACGGAGAACCUGAGGGAGCUGAAGCACACCCUGGCCAAACAGAAGGGGGGCGCCGACUGAGCGUGGUGGGCAGGGCGCCUCCGGGGCCUGGCAGGAGCCAGGGGAGCAGGAGGGAGGGCUGCUGGGGUUGAUGGAGAAGGAAGAAGGGUGAGAUUUAAGCUGCACGCAGGUUGAGGGGGGAGGAAUCUGCUGUUACGUGCUGUGCGCUUGGAGCUUUUUCCAUGAUAGCUGAAUAAUAAAAUGGGAACUAGAACAGGAAGAAUCAGCAUGCAUUUGCUGUUUUUUCCUGUUUG